UCCACAGAAAUCUGUGUCGAAUAGACGCAUCAAAAUAAAUGCAAAACUUAGAUGUCACAUGCCCUUAGAAGCUGGAUUUUUAAAUAGCUUAUAUUAUUACACAUCACACUUGAUUGUUUUAUUUAAAAAAACACAUAUUUUACAUUUCAUAAACAUCAUACGAGAGUAAAUUAGGAGAAUAACAACCUGACAGGAAAUUAGGUUGUCGUAGCGGUUACACUGAACAGACAAACUGACAAAAUGUUAUUGUACAUUUCCUGAUUAAAACCUAGUAUCUUCAUAUACACUUCUCCAUAUUACACAGCUUUAAACUCAAGUUCAAAUGUGCAUGUAUUUCCCUUGAAGAGAUGCAAGGAAAAGAAUAUGAAUUAGUCAAUCAACUGGCUUUACUUCUCAGAAAAAAUGGUGACAGAAUUUUAAAUGGUGAAAGUAAAUUAAGCCUUACUACACAGUCCUUGUCUUUACUAAAUGUUUCCUUCAGAAGAUACAGCGAUGCCAAAAAUAAUGAACCCAGUCGUAAUAGGUCACACAGAGACCAGAUGGAGAAAUGGAAGUUUAAUGUUCAGUACCUUCAUGAUUUUAUUACAAAGACUAUUUCACUUAAGAUAACACACAGUACAGCAACUAUGCAAGGUCCAAUAUUGAUAUCCAGGUUCCGCAGUGUUGAAGUUCUGGAACUGAAAAAAGUCCCAAUUCAUAUGUUAGAAGGACUGCACAGGCUUCGUGGACAAAUAAAAAUCAUUAUUGUUUCAAGAUGCCUUAAUUCCUUACAAGAUCUUUUUGAAGCCUGUGGAGGGGAUCAAAGUUCACCAAUGUCCUGGCCAUGUUUAAAAUCUAUAUUCCUAAGUUAUAAUGGACUGAGGAAAUUAGACUCAUCUUUGAGACUGCUACCUGUAUUAGAAGUAAUAGACAUUAGUCAUAAUGAUUUAGAGAGAACAGAAAAUUAUUUAGAGCACUUGACGGACAUCACAAGAGUAAAUUUAGGAUUUAACAGAUUAGACAGUAUUCCAUCUUUUUCACUGACAACCAAAUCAAGAAUAAAGACAUUAGUUCUAAGAAAUAAUAACUUGGAUAAUAUAGAAGGUAUAGAUGAUUUAAAUAGCUUAGAAGAACUGGACUUAUCUGAGAACUGUCUCUGUGAUCAUUCAUGUUUGGUUGGCCUUGCAGAGCUAAACAGGCUGAGAAUGUUAAGUUUACAGGGUAAUCCAUUGUCCUUCCAUGCUAGUCACAGACCACUGACAGUACAGUAUAUUUCUAUAGCUGCAGGAAAUAAUUUAGAAUUUACUUUAGAUGGGAAGAAAAUAACAGCAACAGAAAGAUCACUUACCCAAAGAAGUGUUUUGAACCUUUCAAGACGACCAUCAUGGGAAUCACAAAGCUCUACAAUAAAUGGCACACGACAAAAGGAAGUUGUCUCGUCAUCUUACACAUUUGAUGAGUCGGAUGAUAUAGCUACAAAUUUAAGGAGAGGCUCUCCAAGGGGAUCAAGAAGAAAGAGAAAGCCUCGUCCAAAAACAGCCCUUAUUUCUGAUGAAGAAAUAAUAGAUUCCUCAAUGAAUGAAUAUUCUUCACCAGAAAGUUCAAGAGCCCCUUCCCCAGAAAAAGAAGAUGAACCUGAUACAGCUCAAUCAACCAAGGAAGAAAUCCAAAUGCUCCGUGAUCACUACGGUGUCAACUGGUUACAAGUUAUAGCUGCCAAAAAGGAGGAAGACACACUUGCUUCUUCAUCCAGUAGUAGAGAGGUCGAUAAAACAGAGGACGACAUCUACUUAAAUGAAAGUGUAGCAAAUCUGAGUGUUUCUGGUUCACAUAAAGAGACACAGAAUUAUACAGAGGUCACAAACAAGGACACAGAAGAUGAUAUUGAAGUUUUACCUGAACCAACAGUAAGUGAAGAAGACACUGUGCAGAUGAGACAGAAACCCAAAAUACAUAGUUUUUAUAGUAUUUAUAAAGAUACAAGUCUUCAAGGGUCAGAAUGGAAUAGAAUUUCUCAGGCAGAAGAGUCCGAAUAUUAUGGAGCUGAAAGUGAGCCAUUUAUUGUAAUGUUACCCUCAGAAAGGUUAAAACAGCUUAUCAUCAGUGUUAACAACAGAUAUCUGAUAGAAAAAGAUCUAAAUGGUCAAAUUGUGGAACUUUUAGACUUAAAGUGUAUGGUAUCAUUCUUAAUCUCCAUGGAAACAGUUGAUCAUGAGAAUAUAUCAGAAGAGAUUUCACUUCCUGUUUGUAAGAUUAAGUUUGACUAUACAAGGAAGGAUAGAAGAGAUAGAACAUAUGUAAUGGAGGAUGCUGAUAUAGCCAAGGAAUUUCAAAAUUUACUUCAACCCUUUAUUGAUGCCAAAGAUGUUGAGAGACAGAUGAAAGAUCUGCUACAGUGUUUGAAAUGCUCCAAUCAGUUUGAUAAAUCUGCUGCAGAGAUUAAAAUUCAGGUUCCUGACAAAAAACAUUUUAAUUCCUACUCUAAUAUGAGUAAAGGAGAUUCAAUGAAGUACAUAUGUCCAAAAUGUAAAAGUGAAAUGGUGGUGGAGCUGGAUACCAAAGAAUUACCAACCUCUUUACAGAACACACCAGUAGGAUCAUAUAUAUCUGGUGAUAGUUUCCUAGGGACGCCCAGCAAAGGCUUCAUAAAUGGUAAUAUAAUAUCAGGAUCUCCUGUAGCUAAAUCUUCACCAAUAAAGGAGAAAGACAAUAGAACUAUUGGUAUGGAUGAGGUAGAUGGAACUACAGAAGGAGACAUAGUACAGCUGAGAACAAAAACAAAGGAACAAAGUUCUCAUAAUGUCAAAAGAAAUAGAAGUUUCUUGCUACCAGAAUUGAAGGGAACUUCUGAUGCUGAAGAUAAUGUUCAAAUGAGACCAAAAACUGAAGGACAUGAUUUAUAUAGGAAGAACAGAGAGAAAAGUUUCCAAGAAUUGGAACAGAAAGGAAUAUAUGAUACUGAUGAGUCAGAAUAUAAUGGGAACAAAGAACCAUCUGCAGUGAUGUCUAACUCAGCUAUGAUCAGUGGAACAGAGAAAGAAACAGUUAUACAGAAAUCUUACUCUACUGGAACAACGAUGUGUGAUAUGGACAAACUACAGGCUGAUGAUGAAAAUCCAGAAUAUACAAGAAAUAGUUCGUGGUCAGGAGUUAAAAAGUCUAACUCUCAUUGGGUUUUAAAAAGAUCUUCCAUAGAUAGUGAUAUCACAAUACUGACUAAUGACAGUAGUAGCAUAGGUGUCAUUUCUGAGUCAACAAAUGAAAGUAGUAGUAUAGCUGUCAUUUCUGAGUCAAGUAAUGACUUGAUAGCUGAUAGAAUUCUUGAUGUGUUCAGUGAUAAUAGUGAAGCUAAGUCUGCUAAUAAUUUAACACUUCCAGUCAGAAAAGCUGGUUUAAACUCUAGUCAAAAUUGUGAAAUAGAUAUUGUCUCACGUAAACUAACUGGGAUAUCUGAGGAAGCAGCAGUGGUUACUCCUAUGGGGUCUCCUCUGUCAAGCAGUAUAUGUUCUAGCAUGGUUUCAAGUGUUUAUGAAAAUACUGUUACAUCUCCAAGUUCUGAAAACAUACACCAAGAGACUCUGGACUCAUAUAAAAAUUGUGAUAAUGGUUUCCAUGAUAACCAUAAUGGAAAUGAAGAAAGUAUUUAUGAUGUUUUUGUAACGAAUGAUAAUAAGGAAUUUAAUUCAAGGCACACAAAAGGAGAAAUUGACAACAGGGAUAGUUCAUUGACUGUAGAAGUAUUGAAUUCAAGUGAGACAGCAAUGGAUAAUUCAAAUCUAGACUAUGGUUCUGGAGAUGUUUCCAUGGAGGCUGAUAGUGUAUUAAAGAGUUUCUGUGAUACAGAUUUUACUAACAUUGAUCAUAGAUUAAAGCUGUUUUUAACCAUGACCUAUCUAGAAGAAAAUGACAUAGAGAAGCUUCAGUGUGCUGUUAAGGUAGAUAUAGUACAGUAUAUGGAGACUGAGGAGUUCACAGGAUACUUGGUGGUGUCUACUGACAGAAUCUUUAUCUUCAAGUUCAUUGACAAAGAAGACUGUGAUGAUUACGAAAGCUGUUUGAAAUGUAUAGAAAAUCAACCAAUCACAGAACUGCAGUACAUUGAUAUUGGUCUUGGUUACCAAAGUCUGAGGUUUGAGUUCAGCACUGAAUGUUCCAGUUUCACUUUUUUGAUACGAGAUGAAGGAAGGUGUAAAUACUUCAUCAAUCUAAUCACUAGUAUUGUGCAGGACACAGCAUUUAGCGAAAACAGUAAGCUGCAGGGAAUCAGUAAAUAUAAUGCUGAAACCAUGGAGAAUUUGACAUCAACUAUAGCAGAGAGUGAUGAGGAAAAGGAUGGACAAUUUGAGUUAGUCAGAUAUCUGUGUGGUAUUUUGGUUGAAGAAGAGGAUAUGAGAGUCUCAGUUGGUUUAGCUAUCACAGAGGAGGAAUUAAUACUUGUGACUGAAAACUACCAGUGGCCAUUGCCACGGUUACAGGCUCCCUUAGAUGCAGAGUUCAAAGGUCAACAAUUUACAAUAAGAGAUUGUCAGAAAAUCAACAAUAUUGCAACUGUGGAGACUUGUGAGGACGAUACAACUCAAAUUCGAUUAACCUUUUUCAAUGAGGAAUCCCAGCAAGAGGUCUGCUGGCACAUAGCUAUGACAACAGAUUCAGGAGUGCUUUCAUUAGUUAAUGCAGUCAGAGAACCAUGGAAAAAUUCAUUUGGAGUAGAUCUUGAUGUUACUCCAGUAUCAUUUUUAUCAAACAGUUUAUAAUUUGCACUUUUUAUAUUUUAGUUAAGUUUCACGAUAUAAGAUGUUUGCUUAUAUUUUACUGGUGCUUUUUAAAUUCAUGUUGGUUAUUUUAAGUUUUAUGGCAAAAGUGUAUGCUUUUUGUGGUCAUACAAUAUAUUAUAUGUUAUUAUUUCAAAUGUCUGCCUAAUCAUUGUUUUACUUAUCAAUGGAAAAUCAUUCAAAUCUUCAUAUUCAGUUAGUUUCCUUUAAUUGUACAUUGAAUAUCCAUUAUUGUACAGUGAAUUUCCAUUAUUGUACAGUGAGUUUCCUUUAUUGUACAGUGAAUUUUCUUUAAUUAUACAAAAUUUCCUUUAAAUGUACAGUGAGUUUCCUUUAAAUGUACAGUGACUUUCCCUUAGUUGUACAGUGAGAUUCCUUUAGUUGUACAAUAAAUUUCUUUUAGUUGUACAGUGUGUUCCUUUAGUUGUACAGUGAUUUUUUCUUUAGUUUUAUCUAACACAUAUUCUUUUAAAUAUUUUAUUUAUGAUCAAAAUGUUUAUUGGUGGUACCUUUAAUACUAUACUCUCAGGUUUUAGUUAAAAUAUAAUUGUUACUUUUAUUUGGUUUAUUUUUUAAAACAUGAUAUAUUGCAUUUUGAAAUAUUUAACAUGCACUUAUGGUCAUUGUUAAGUGACAGGACACAAACAUUACAUUCUAAACUGUUAUAUUUAUCACAGGAAACAUAUUAAUUAUGAUAAAGAAUGACGUGAACCAUUACAUAAAAAACAAAUUAUUUAAAGAACCUGGUAUGCAUUAUUGGAAAAGUUAUGCAAAAAUUAUUUUCAAAUUGAAGGGAAUUUAAAAAUCCUUUUUUAUGCAUUUCACUUGUAUCACAUUGAAAUCAUAUAUCCUAUAUCAGCCAAAGCUUGCCUAAAUAGUGCACUAUCAAUCUGACAUCUGCAUUUAGAAAUUUAGCUAGUUUAUUUGUAUUCAAGUCCACUAAAUAAAGAAAUGGACAUAAAUCUUAUAUCAUAAAGUUAUUAACAUUGAUAUUGAUGGUAUGAACCAUUCCUUCUAUGAUCAUAUCUUAUAAGACAUUUAUAAUGUGACUUCAUUUAACAGGCUGUUUGGUCUUGUAAUAGCAUUAGAUUCAUUAACACCUGAUUACCCUCUAUUUUACUGUCAUAUUUUUGACCUCAUUAUUUUAUUUUUUUAUUAAGUGUGACCUAUUUAUUUCUUACCUACUUAAAACAUCUGUUGAUUUUUUUAAUGUUUUGUUUUUACAUCAUUUUUGUCAUUAUUUUUAACCAUAUAUUUUGCCAAGUUUACUCACUUGGGUGAAUGUUUACAAGACUUUCUGGAUUCCAACCACAUUUAGGCAUUGGAAUUAAAGAGUGCAGGUAAUAAAUAAACUAAACUUAAAUAUUCAAGUGAGAUCUCUUACUUGUUGUAACAAAUUAAAUAAGUAUAGGUCAUAGUUUAUUUGUAAAAAGAUCUUUUGUAAUUUAAAAACCAAUCGAAAUUUGCCAGUUUUGGGGUUUUUUUUAAAUUUUGGUGGAAAAUUAAAAUCUUUAAAUACCUUGAUAAUAAAAAAGAAGUUUUUUUAAUCAAGUCAAUGGUUUAGUAAACUAUGAUACAUUGUGAUAAUGGCUAUUAAAUACUUUUAUAAAAGUUGAGGCCAUAUAUUAUUAUUGCCAUAUUGACCCUCCUCUAAUACUUAUUGUUGAUUUCUUUGUUCUAACAUUAAAUAUGCAAAUAUGUUAAAAUGUGUACAGCAAUAUCUGUAUAUCUGUUAAACAUUUUAGUAUGUCUUCCUUAUUUUUAUAAUUUCUUAUAUUAUGUUUUAAUGUCUUUUUAUAUACAUUCAGUGCAGUUAUGAAAAAUAUCUUUUUAUGAGUUUUGUUAAAUAAAUGGAUUAUCAUUUUACCUUUUGAAUUAGUUUAUUUUUACCAAUUUCAUCAGCAAACUGUGAUAUCAUAGCUUGGUAGAAUCUUAUGUUAUUUAAUAUUGAAGAUUUAUCAAGUAACAUACAUUCAUAUAUAAGAGUUCAUGUCUUUAAAUAUACAAAUGCCCGAGACAUUUAUCUUACCUGGUUGUUAUACACAAAAUGUCAAGUGAAAACUUUUGAUAAACUUUGUGGGUAUUAAUUUUGAAAUUGAAGCAAACAGAAAAGAGAAUACUUAAAAAAAUCAUAUUUUAGUUUAUACUGAUUUAUAUAUAAUUGCUUUCAGAAAUAAGCUGAUUCAUCUUUGCUUACAAAUUGACAAUGAUUGAAAGAUAUUGCAAAGUAAAAAAAUAAUUGUUGCACAUGUGUAACCAGAAGUGACGAGAGUAAUUGUGAUUGAAUAACCCUCCCACAUCAGAGGAGAUUCUUCUAUUUCUAUUGCAUAUCCCAAUUUAGCGGGGUUCAAUUGAGGGAGAUCAAAUGGCACACUGUGGAUUCAUUUAUUUUCAUGGGUAGCAAUUUUCGUAGAUUGCUGAACACUUGCAUAUUCAAGGAUAUUUGAAUUCUUGGUUCUGCCUAUCUCUGUAUACAUAGCCUAUUGAAAAUAUGUUAUAUGUUGAACAUUGAAUUUCGUGGUUCACCUGUUGCCACGAAAAUUGGUAUCCAAUAAAUAUUAAUGAAUACACAGUAACUAGCUAUUAAUGUAUCAGAUGUAGUAUUUAUAACCACCAGGAAAGGAUGAUGACCUUAAACAAAUGUCAUGGGAUGGGUAAGUGAUCUAAGAUUCAGGUAAAAAUGAUUUAUGAUGAGAACAGGGCAAUCUUCUUACGUUUCAAUAUAAGAGAUUAAAUGAAGAGGUAUACACUUUACGUUAUAACACUCAAAACUUUGAAAUGAAUCCUUUGAACUGUCAAACUUUUAAUUGGAUCUUUUGAAUUCAUAAAUUGGUAGUUGGUACACAUGAUAAUUAUGAAUGUGUAUCCAUAACAUACUGUGUUGUUCCAAUAAUCUGUUUCUGGUUGUUGCAGAUGAUAUCCAUUUCCUCAUGUUAGGGAUUAUACAAGGUUUACAAUUAACUUACUGAAUCUACCUUGCCCAUAUAAUCAACUGUUAAUCUAAAAUAUUGUGAUCAAACCAUACCUAUAUUAUUUAUGCUGCUUCUGUUACUUGUGCUUUGCAGAUGUUAUACAAUAAAUGUAUUAAAUAU